CGGCAUGCACCUUAGACGUUUAAGACCGCCAAUCUACCAAAGAAGAAGUCAACGGAAUCAAGAACGACCAAGAUCAAUUUCCACGUUAAGCGUUUUUGUUGUUAUUUAGACAUGUAUUAACCCUAGAACUCAAAAUAUUAAUAUAUAUUAUCUAGGUAACGCUAACUAGCUACUAACAAUGGCUAACUGUGUGGUUUUUCACACUCAAAUAGCCUCCGUUAUGGAGGUGCUAGCGAAUGCUGCCGUGGCAGAGAUCUGUAAACUCGUAGACGACGACUAUGCAGUGUUUCGUUUGGAAAUAACUCAAAGCCAGAAAGAAAACCGGGGAUUGCGGAGGAAACUACAGCUACUGGAACUGAAGGUAUCACGGGAGCGCGCAGAGAGAACAAUGCGAGAGCGCGUCCUCGCCAGUCGUCCCAGUAGUGUCAAGAUCCUCGACCAAUACAGAGGGAUGGCAAGAGGACAUCUCUCUGGAGGCCACAAGAGCUUUGUGAAGCCAGCAAGAGACAAUACAUGGAGAGAUGACCAACCAAUCACUGUUGAUGAGGGGAGUGGAACCUCAUCCCAGCACAUUAUGGUGAUAGAGUCUGUAGAUGUAGAGGCUGCAGGUCCUGGAGGAUCGUCUCUGGUCAAGCAGGAGAGGACUGAAGAAGACGACCCACAACAAAACAGAAACAUCCAGACUGAAGCAGCGGCUGGAGUGGCAUCCCCUUUAGCCACAAAGUACCUCACCGCCUCACCCCAGCCCAGGACCAAAACCAACAUCACAGAGGACAGUGGAACGCUGAACGCUGUCCUCAAGUCAGAGACCGACACAGAGACUUUAAUUGUAACACAAAGGCUUUUACACACAGGAUCUGACCACAGGUCAGACCCAGAGAGACUGGGGCUGGGGCCAAUUGGCUGUCCUCCUGCUCCUGGCUCAGAGUAUUUACUUUACAGUAACCCGAGCCCAAGGACAGUUCAUUCCCAUCGAGAUGCAGGUGACGCGUUAGAGACGGGCAAUGAUCCGUCUUGUUCUUACAAUACAGAGGUGGACCCUGGCAACAUGCCCUUGGGUUUAGAGACACAUAAUGAUCUGUCUAGAGGGGACUGGAACCGGUACAGUAGUAGCGUAUACUCUGAAGGGUGCCUAGAUAAGAAAGAGGAGGUUAUAGUGGUAGAUGAGGUGACUGUGAAAGUGGAGGGCGAUGCUCCUCCCACAUGGAAUGCAGAUAGUCAUCUAGGAGACAGACACUCACAGGGCAGAGAUUUGUUAGAUUACAGUGGAAGCUUAGGGACAAAUCAAAAUGUCGCCACCCACUCCCCUUUACACGCGUUCAGGGAUCGCGACCCAGUGUCCACGACAAUGGGGCCUUCCGAUUCACACGGCAACAUCCUUUUCAAUCAGGUAUUGAACUCAAAGGACCAAAGGACCAAGGCCCAGGCAGGGGGAGCAACAUCAGACAAUAGUAAUGAGAAACGGUUCCUCUGCAUGUUCUGUAACAAAGGGUUCAGCUGCCUCCAGAAGUUGGAGAUCCACCAGAGGGUCCACACAGGGGUGAAACCCUUCAGCUGUACCCAGUGUCAUAUGCGCUUCUCCCACUCGUCCAGCCUUAAGAGGCACCAGAGGGUCCACACAGGGGUGAAACCAUUCAGCUGUACCCAGUGUCACAUGCGCUUCGCCCAGGCUGGUGACUUGAAGAGGCACCAGAGGGUCCACACGGGGGAGAAACCCUAUAGCUGUACCCAAUGUCACAUGCGCUUCGCCCAGGCUGGCAACCUGAAGAUGCACCUGAAGGUCCACACGGGAGAGAGGCCGUUUGCCUGUACGGACUGCGGGAAGAGGUUCUCUGAGAGGAGCUACCUCAUGAUACACCAGCAGAAAAACCAUUCCACUCUAGAACAUAGAAAGUAACCUUUCCACUCGUUAGACAUUUAGAUCAAACUCCGCAUUAAAGACAAAGAUACAAUUUCAUUGUUAUCAGCAGAAAAGAUCCAGAGAUCCAUUUGGAAUAACAAGAGUAACAGAUUUCAGUGUUGAAUAUUCCUGGGUAGAAUAUUGCAUCCAGACAUAGUAGAUAUAUAAGCCGAAAAAGUGUUAUAUAUUGUGUUUGUACUGUGUAGACUAUAUAAUGUUCACAAAUGCCUAUUUCAUUACUUCCAUUCAACUACUUUAGUUUUUUCCCCAAGACACUUUUAAUGAGAAUGUAUGCAGUUUAUUAAAAUCAUGCAGAUUUUUUGUUGAGACGUGGUUUUCAUAUGGUGUAUUUCAAACGUGUUUAUGUUUAAUAAACACAAAAUGGGACUUUUAAA